UCGUGUGCGCGACUGGGCGGCCUCGGGGUCUUUUUGCUUCCCAUUUUGUCUCGCGUGCGGCACGUCCACCGUGGUUCACUGACGUUUCCGCUGUGCCAUCGCAUGGCCGACGUGUGCAUACGGCUCGCACUCGCGUGGUACUCGCCGUGUCACGAGCCGCGUCGCCGCUGAAGAGGGUCAGCCCGUCGCGACAACGUCGACGUGUCGGACGUACUUACCACGCCGUAACGAUCCCCUGAAAAGGAACCCGUCGCAGGGUCCGCUAUCCCGUCGUCGACGCGAGCCACAUUGCCUGCUCGUUCACCGUCAUCGUCGCCGUCGUCGUCGUCGUCGUCCACGUCCACCUUCGGGCGGACCAGAGCGCGCGCGGCAGCAAUUAAUUUUCAGCAUCUCGGGCACCAGCGCGCCGUAACGCCGCGACCACGCGUUCCCACGCACAUCCGCAGCGAUGUCGAACGAGGAGACCUCCGCCGACCGCAAUGUCGAGAUCUGGAAAAUCAAGAAGCUUAUAAAGAGCCUCGAAAUGGCCAGAGGGAAUGGCACGAGUAUGAUUUCGUUAAUUAUCCCCCCAAAGGACCAAAUAUCGAGAGUGAGCAAGAUGCUGGCGGAUGAAUUUGGUACAGCGUCAAAUAUUAAGUCACGUGUAAAUAGAUUAUCUGUUUUGGGUGCAAUCACAUCAGUGCAGCAUAGGCUAAAGCUAUAUACUAAAGUGCCUCCAAAUGGCCUGGUAAUUUAUUGUGGAACUAUUGUAACAGAGGAAGGAAAAGAAAAGAAGGUCAACAUCGAUUUUGAGCCUUUCAAACCUAUCAAUACAUCUUUAUAUCUUUGUGAUAAUAAGUUUCACACAGAAGCGCUCACUGCAUUGCUUGCGGAUGAUAACAAAUUUGGUUUUAUUGUAAUGGAUGGUAAUGGAGCGUUAUUUGGAACGCUACAAGGCAACACGCGCGAGGUGUUACAUAAAUUUACUGUGGACCUACCCAAGAAACAUGGGAGAGGUGGUCAAUCUGCAUUGCGUUUUGCCAGAUUACGCAUGGAAAAGCGGCAUAAUUAUGUUAGAAAAGUAGCCGAAGUCGCUACUCAAUUAUAUAUUACGAACGACAAACCUAACAUCGCUGGAUUGAUUCUCGCGGGUAGCGCCGAUUUCAAAACGGAACUUAGUCAAUCCGAUAUGUUCGAUCCGAGAUUGCAAGCGAAGGUUAUAAAGUUAGUUGAUGUAUCAUAUGGUGGUGAAAAUGGUUUUAAUCAAGCUAUUGAGUUAGCGGCCGAAUCUUUACAAAACGUGAAGUUUAUUCAAGAGAAAAAACUAAUCGGUCGUUACUUUGAUGAAAUUUCUCAAGAAACUGGUAAAUACUGUUUCGGUGUUGAAGACACUUUGAGAGCCUUGGAAUUAGGUAGCGUCGAAACUUUAAUUUGUUGGGAAAAUUUAGAUAUUCAACGAUAUGUCUUGAAAAAUCAUACAAAUGCGGAAGAAAAAGUGCUACACUUAACGCCAGAACAAGAAAAGGAUAAGACUCAUUUUACUGAUAAAGAAAGCGGGGUAGAACUGGAACUCGUGGAGUGUCAGCCACUACUUGAAUGGCUCGCGAAUAAUUAUAAAAGUUUUGGUGCCACUUUGGAAAUUAUUACAGACAAGUCUCAGGAAGGAUCCCAGUUUGUUAGAGGUUUUGGUGGCAUUGGAGGAAUCCUCCGCUACAAAGUUGAUUUCCAGUCACUGCAGGCCGAUGAGCCUCUUGAUGAUGUUGACCUUGAUGAUUACUAAUUUCAUCUGUGAAUUACUCAGAAUCGAACAGCUUGCAUAUUCGGAAAGGUAUUUUGCGGUACAAAGUGGACUUUCAAAGUAUGCAGCUGGACGACAUUGAAACUGAUGGCUUUGAUUUGGAUGACUACUAAAUGACUCAAUCGACAUUUGGUUCUCUUAGCUUCGGAGAAAGCAGGAGGGACACGAGUAUGUUCUUUCUCAUAUGAUGUCCCAAGAAAGAAUCAUAAAAAACAAAUUUCAAAAUUUACAAUAACAGCACGUACGAUAUCGUCAUAAAAUUAUUGUCUAGAAUUUACCAAACAUCAAGCAGAUUGUAAUUGAUACACGAAAGAGAAGAGCACCAGCGAAUAUGACGCGGCUGAAAUAAACCAUGUCUAUAUGAAUGAAAAGGCGAUUCGAAGACUGUGACACUUAAUUAAGCCAGCUUGAUACCUGCCUACUCUCAUACAUUCACCACCUUGUAUUACAAUUUUAUGGUCCUUAAUUAUUCACAGGGAUUCUUUUAAAUAAUUACAUUACGCGCUUUACAGUUUCGAAUACAAAUGUACAGUGUAUGGUGGUUCGAUCGUAAUUUUAUAUUAAAUUGAUGUUUGUCAUCUUAUCAUAGAUUUUACGAGAAAUGAGUAUUUGAACUACAAGGAGCGGCUGUAGCGGUAUUUUGUUCAUACACAAUCAUGAAAGAGCUGUAAUAAACUGAUUAUUAUGAACAUACAAUUGCGUAUCGUGCAUUCUACACCGAUAUUUGCAAAAUUCAUACGAAGAAGAGUUCUGUAAAUAGAUGUCAAUUUUUAAAAACGGCACAGUUGCCUUAGACAUAAGUUGAGGUCGCGUACACGAUCCACGGAGUAAAUGAAGUAUUUCCGUCUUAUGCAGUGAUACACACUUGUAAACAUAAGGACAGAUAAUUCCUCGCAAUCCUACAUUGCUCCGUUGCUGGCUCUUGGCUCUUAGAUUUUUGUACAUUCACACAAUUGUACAUAAGAAACGCUUCGCAAAAGUAUCGAAGUAAUUUUUCAUUGUUAUAGUGAUGCACCUCAAUGAAGAGAAAGAUAUUCCCCGCGCAAUAUUUAAACGGUUACUGAAGAUAUUACGAAAUUUAUUUUAACAUUGUUAAUUUAAUUCGCUUAUUCGUACGAUGCCUCUGUAAUAAACGACGCUAUGUAUGUAUAAAUGUGAAAAGAAUGUAACGUGCAAUUUUGGUGAAGUAUCCUUUAUGAAAGAAUACUGUAUAGAGAGCAAAGAGUUUCUCAAAGAGUCUCGAAUGCUGUGAGAUUUACUCGAUGAAAAUGGUGUAUCGUUAUUUAAUAAUGUACCUACAUUAUUUGCGAUAUUGUUGUAAUGUACACCUUGCAGAGACAAAAACAGGCGCACAAGAGAACUUCAUCAAAGUGGAACGUUCGAAAGAGAGAGAUCCAAUUUUGCGAUAUGUGCACAACGAAUUCCAGAACGUGAUGGUUCGAAGUAUUUGUAUCUGUGUAUUGUCUCUCAAGAUACCCAGAUGUUAAUUGCCGGCUUAACGUUUCUUCAAAUUUUUAUAUGUAAACAUUUUCUCACUAUAGGAGUCUAGAUAGUUAUUUAUUUCUAUACAUCGGUGCGACUACGUUUCUGCUUAGCGGAACAUCCGAUUUAAGUACGCAAAAUAGAUAAAUUAAGAAAUCAAUAAAUAUCAAUGAGUGAAAGUGAAAGAGAGAAUGAGAGGAAGAGAAAAAGAGUGCGAAAAAGGAAGAGAGUAGGGAAAGCCUUGUAAUCUUUGUUUUAAGGUAAAAGGUACACGGAAAUGUCGUCCACGCGUUGCUUUAAUAACAGGAUCGAUGACGUACUUAGAUUAUGGCUUGCCUAUGAUCUCUAUAAGCAUAGUUGUAUAAUCUGCUAACAUGUUCGUCAUUGAUUAUUUUUACUCCCACGUAUUUUGCCAGUGGAAUGUAUCUUUUAUUCGAAAUCAAUUGUUUCCUUAAUAAUCUUAUUAGAUUUUGUAUCCGACAGAAAGGCAAUACGAGAGCGCAAUCGUUGUGAACAUUUUAUCCCGGCCGAUUUUUCAGAGUACAAUUUUAUUGUAAUGCUUCACGUUUUUUCGUAUAUGUGUAUCACACGUGCUGUUCUAAAAUGAAAUCUGGUUUCUAUUUUGCUGGAUUACAAGUAUACAUGAAUCAUAGCUAAGGAUUGGAAAAGAAAUUUUCGAUGGUACUGCUGCUCAUUUUCUGAGAUCUUAUGCUUUGUCAGGUGACAAAGAGGGAGAUUGAAAUAAUGACUAAAAACAUUCCAUAUAUGUAUAUACAUGUAUCGUGUAUUAGUGCACGAAAUAACAAAUGAAUUUUUCGAAAAACUAUCUUUACAAUAAAAUAAAUAGUUUAUUAA